AGACUCACGUCCGCGGUUGUCCGUGAAGAACCGGAUCGUGACAUUGUCACCCGCGACUCCGAUGUUCACGACAUCACGGCGGGCAGGGUUGACGUAGUUGUACGUGGUGCUUCCAGCAGCGCGGAUGACGUCAAAAGCGUGUCCGUGCAAAUGGAACGGAUGCUGUAUAUUCUGCGCGCCUCCUGCGAGGGUGAUUUCCACCGUCGCAAAGUGUGGGAGCGCGUAGACCGAGCCAGUGGGUAGCAGCGACUGUGCGUUUUGUGCGCCAGACAAAAUCUGGAGCAGGACAG